AUGUGGAACGAUAAAAAAUCAGAUCUACCACAGUACAGAGAAAAUGAGCAAAAGAUCCGACGAGAGAUUAGCAUCCUUAAGAAAUGUGCUCAUCCUAAUGUUGUUCAAUUAAAGGAAGUAAUUGACGAUCCUCAGAGUAGGAAGAUCUAUAUGGCUCUUGAGUAUACCGAAAAAGGAGAGAUUGAAUGGAGAGAUGAUCAAGACAGACCCAUUCUACGUCUACCAGAAAUCCGCAAGAUAUUUCGUGAUGUAGUUAGUGGUCUUGAUUAUUUACAUUAUCAGGGGAUUAUUCAUCGAGAUAUCAAACCAGCUAAUCUUCUGCUUACAAGUGACCAUGUUGCUAAGAUAAGCGACUUUGGUGUAUCAUAUUUCAACGAAGUCUUGGCGGGAGAUGCUCCGGCAUGUUCUGCAGAAUGUCUUGCAAGAAUUGAUCGUGAAUUAGCCGAAACUGCAGGCACACCUGCCUUCUUUGCACCUGAACUAUGCUGUGCUGGUGAAUCUACGAGUCGACCGAGAAUCACAAAGGCUAUUGAUGUGUGGGCCUUGGGGGUUACGCUUUAUUGCUUUGUGUUUGGACAAUGUCCGUUUAUAGCAUCGACUGAAUUUGAGCUCUUCGACACAAUCCCUACCGAGCCACUAACAUUUCCCGACCCAAAUAAUAUUGGAUUUGAGAUUCCUGAUACUCUUAAGGACCUAAUUCAGAGAUUAUUAGAGAAAUCCCCCGAAGACCGUAUCACACUUGAGCAAGUCAAGGUAAACAAGAUAAAGAAAAUUAAACUCGUUAAAAUUCACGCAUCGGGACAAUUCAACUUAUAUUAG